GUAAAAUUUUUCAAAACUAAUUUCAGAAAUUACAAUUUUUAAAUAUAUAUUAAGCUUGUAAUUCAUAAUCAUUGUGGUUGCAUUAGCUAUAGUUGUGUGUGAACAUAGUAUAAAAAUUAUAUAGUGCAUUUCUUUUAACGAAAAAAAUCAAAAUAUUUAGAAAAUAAAUUGGAGUUAAGAUUUCUGAAAUUGUGAAAAGAAAAAAGGGACUAAGAUGUAUGUUUAUGGAAAUACCUAGUGAAAAGAAAAUAAAACUGAAAUAAAUAUAUAUAUUCUAAAUCAUGUGGGAAAACGAUAACAUUGCCAGGAGCUUUGAACUGACCUUAGCGCGCGGAAAGAAGCCAAGCAGUUGCUCACCAGGAUGGAUGUAUAGCAUAGGCGAUGCUUUUGUUGGCCUAUCCGCAGCAGAUGAGUUGACAGAUGGUUACGCCACUAGUGUGGGUUAUGGUGAACGCUUUCGCAAUGCUGACUUUCUGCCACUGUUAUCAUACUAUCCACUUUUGGUUUAUCUGCUCAUUUUAGGGAUUUCGGUAACUAUUUGCGGCAUUGUAUAUGCCAUAUAUCGUUGGAGGGUGGGCACGCCGCUUUAUCGCUACUUGAACAAUGAAAUCAGUAAAGAAUUGAGCAUGUGGUUUUGCAUGUGUUAUGUUUUGAUCGUGAUAACUUGCGUGUUCUUACUCUUUUCUAUUGCUAUAAUGCUCACCGCGAAUAAAAAUAUACGGAAAACGAAAGAAGAUCGCGCUUGGCGUCUGAGGCUUGCCGACGAAAGCAUCAAUGACAUCAUAAGCAAUAUGGACAAUGUCAACUUUGCACGCCCUUUAGAGAACGUUAAUCAAAUCUCGGCCAAAUUUCAGCGCGCCAUUGAAAAAAAAGCUCAACCAUUUUUGGGCGAAAGCUUUCGAAGCGUAAACAAUUUGGAUUUUGGGAACUACAAAAAUGAUAUUAAUGAAUUAUUGCAGACAUUCGCCCACUGUAAUGCCUAUAUGUUGCAUUUCUUGGACUCUUGGCGCUAUUAUGACACAAAUGCGACGAGAUUCGCGAGAAUCGUAAAUACUAUGGAGAGUCGUAAGGCUUUGCAAUCGGUACGAAGAGUGAGAGAAGAUUUCGCAAAUGUCGUAUACAAGGUUAUGCAACAGAAUCGCGCAUUCUAUAGCUAUUAUCGAGAACUUGUAACCUUAUCGGACGAUAUGCUAUCGCAACAUGUCAAAAAUAACGAUAAAAGUCUGGAAUUCGCAAAUGCCUUCGAUACAAUUUUAAGAAAUGUGGAAACUAAAUUAGCGGCACUCGGCACUAGUUUGCAGCAGAGCGCAAAUAAGAUGUAUGAACUUAAAGAAAACCUGCGUGAUGUCUCAAAGGGCGCUGGAUAUAUCGAGUUUUCGGAUACCCUGAUAACCUUUGGAUAUUUUGUAAGCAUAUUAGUGAUGUUGAUAGUUUUCCUCGCACUUCUAUUCAUGCCACUUUGGUACCUCGGCUCACUGUAUUGCCGCAAAUGCAAAUUGAUUGGAAGUAUUUUGCCGCUGACCACUGCAGCUUUUAUAUUUGUGUUCUAUCUGGUAUUUGUGCUGGCAAUAAUGUACUACUUUCUGCAUGGAAUGGUGGCAAAGGAUGGAAUAUGUGAUGAAAAGCGCAUUCUCGAUGCUGCCAGAUCCGACAUAAUCGACGAUUGCAUAAGCAACUCUGUAAUGUUCGAAAACGACAAUCACACGAGUGUCGAAAGUAUCUACGACACUGGGACGAGUGGUAUCGAAGCAGCUUUGAGGGAGAUAGAAAAUCUGCCGAAGCGUGUUAAACGCGCUACAGCCACGGAACCGAGCUCCACAGAGGACUUUGAGCGGUUUCGCAUCAACAAAACCAUAGUACAGGACAUAUAUGUGGAAAUGUUGAAGGUAUCCGUGUAUGCGCCUAAAAAUAUAGAACCAUUCGCUUUAAUUUGGCAUGCCAAUCGACUGAGUAAAAAUACAGCUUUGCAAGAGCUUAAUUGUACACACGCUAUUGGAAACACAAUGGCUUUGUCGCUGCAUGGACAAGUGGCCAGCGAAAUGGAUAAGUUAUAUAGAACAACUUGGCGCGUCGAGGCAUUGCUACAGGACCUACCCACUCAACUGAAAGCCAAUAGUGAUGACACGGGAGAUUUCAACGGCAUCACGGAAUUAUCAAAAAAUUUGCGUACAAUUUUCAAUGCGGGCAAAGAACAACUGCGGAGAAGUAUAUCUCAUGCAGCGAGCGCAAAGCUUGCCGACUGUAAACCCGUAGCGCAGCUCUACAAGUCCCUAAAGGCGCCGGCUUGUGAAUGUCUGGUGCCAUCAAUGAAUCUUUUCUGGUUUGGUGCAUUUGUCGCGAUUUGCUUGUUGCUACUGCUUCUGGCGCUCAUAUUAUGUCUAGAAGAGAUGAUUAGGAGAUCUGCCUUGCUAAAUAGAAAGUCAAGAAGUCGCUUAAAUAGUACAAGCAUGUCACAACUUAACCAACGUGGCAGAGGAAUAUCCCGAACACGAAGCUCUAGUCGGCCAGGUACAGGACAUUCCACACGUAGCAACACAUCAUAUUCUACACGCAACAAUACACCAUAUUCAACACGCGCCGGUACACCACACUCCACUCGACCCACUUCACCGUAUUCUAAUCGCUUGGAUACACACUACUCCAGUCACACCGCCACACCAUACUCCACUCGCGCUACAACACCAUAUUCCAGCCAUCCAAACACGCCAUAUACCUCCCACCAGCACUCGCCACACUCCAGCCGUCGCGUUACACCAUACACUAGUCAACAUGUUUCACCGUACGCUGGGACACCGCAUUCCACACGCGCAAGAAGUAACGAACGAACGCCCACGAGAGGCACGAGUUUGGCACUAAAACAUCCACCCGAAAAUGUUCCAUAUUUAAUGGACUACAGAAGAUUUGGUGUAGACGAUCCUUUUGUUGAACAAUUUACAGAACGUUUGAGUCGGCGUGACAUGUUGCCACGUCACCUACAGCGGCAAUCAUCCCAGCAGCGGCAUCAACCCAGUCAAGGACAGCGCGAUAUGAAAGACAACUUUACGUUCGAAUCAUAUCCAGAAUUGCCACCCAAGGUACAGCAAACCCGAUCACAUGAGCGUAAGUCAGAUAAGCGUAAAGAACCGAGAAAUGUGUGGAAGAACGAGGCAUUUCGCUAUCCCGGUGCUGGAGGCAGUGACAUCAGCACAAUGCUACAAUUUCGUGGUCCUCGAAGCAUAUCGAAAACACUGGAACAACGUGGCCGUAGCCAGCCGAGUGAGAGAACCGCGAACGUACAUCACAGAGAGCCAACUCUAAUAGCACAGCGUAGCACAAACGAUACAUUAGCUGAGGGUCCCACAUCUAGUGGUGCGAAACCAAAGAUCAAAUUGCCACCCGGUAAGGUGGGCAUUGUGGUUUGCCCCUGCGGUUGUGGCAAGCCGUCGAAAAUCUAUGGUACCAAACAGGAUAUUGAGCGCAUCAGAAAGGCGGGAAAAGUUUGCAUAGCAAAACGGGGGCAACAAUUGAAAGAUAAAAGAUUAAGGCCACUCGCAUCGGUUGUGGAGUUGAAGGGAACCGAGGAGUUCAAUGAAGACGUGGCUUAGUGAUGAUCAAUGCUUGUAAACAUAUAUUUUUGUACAAGGAAGGAGUAAUCGAAGAAAAUAUACAAUGAUGUUCUUAAAUUACAA